UAAGACAAGAUCGGGGGGGUUUCCAUGGAUGGUGGUUGAGAGAUGGCGGUGGAGUUGAUGGGUUAUAACGGUGGUAGUUUUUCAGCCAAGAUGGAGGAGAGUGCUGUUAGAGAUGCUGCGACUGCUGGGAUUGAAGGAGUCCAGGAGCUGUUAAGAUUGAUCUCGGAAACUCAACCGAAGGAUUUGAACGUAGAUGCCUCCUUCAGAAAUAAGGAACCCGCCGUGGAAAUCAACGCCGUCGCCGAUGUUGCCGUCAAUCAUUUCAAAAAAAUGAUUUCUUUACUGGGUCGACCGAGAACUGGACAUGCGCGGUUCAGAAGGGCCCCGAUGUGUUCACCGCCAGAGCAACCGGAGCAGAAGAUUCAAAAACCAGGACCUUCCGUUCAGGCCCCCAAUCCCCAACACAAAGAUCUGGUUUCUGCUUUCAGGGUCUAUUGCCCCACCCCAGUUCAUCGUCUCCCUCCUCUGCUUUCAGGCUCUUGGGUUCGCGAGGUGCGAACCCAGGCUCCUGGGUUCGCAUCUCGCGAACCCAUCGCCUAGAGGUAAGUGUUCCAGUAGGAGUAUGUGAAUUGAAGUGGGUGAUACUAUCAAAGUGAGUCAUCUAUUAAAUUCAUAUAUUUCUCAAUAAAGAUUCUGGAAUGUCUGCUUCUUGAAAUUAAUGUGUAUAAUCACCUGCCCAAAGGGGGUGAUUGUGUAUAUUGACUAAAAGGAGUGUGAAUAGUUAGUAAGGGUUUUUUAUUCUGGUUUUAUGGAGAAUUUUUUGCCCAAAGGGAAUUAUUUUCUAUGAGAUCAUUUUUAUUAAUUCACUUGUAAUAAAGUUUUUUGAAGUUU